AUGGACGACGCCCCCGACCCCGACGAAAGCCACGCCCACUCGGUCCGCGCGCGACGCCCGUCUGCGCCCGCUGCUGCCGAGACGUACGGGCUGAGCACGCUCACGCGGCGCGUGUCGUCCGUCACGCGCGAGGACGGCGCGCUGUCGCCGCUGGCCCGGAUGACCCCGCUGGCGAAGUACGAGCCUGCGCCCGGGCCGUCGCUGCCCCCGUCGGCGGCGGCGUCGGCGACCGACCUCGCCGUGUUCGACGAGGAAGAGGACCAGGAGCUGGGCGACCCGAGCAGCAGCGACGAGGAGGCCGCGCGCAUCCCCGCCCUCCCGCCAAUCGACGGCGGCACGCCCGCGUACGCCUUCCUCCUCGCCGCGACGACCAUCGAGGUCAUGGUCUGGGGCCUGCCCUUCUCCGUCGGCAUCCUGCAGGCGUACUGGCGCGACAUGUUCCCCGAGGAGCAGAGCACGGUGACGCUCGCCGCGACGCUGCCGAACGGGAUACUGUACUUUGCGGGUGCUGUGGUCGGGCCCCUCCUCACCGCCAUGCCGUGGUACGAGCGCCGGAUCCAGCUCGCCGGGCUCGUCGUCGCGGCCAUCGGGCUCGUCAGCUGCGGGUUUGCUACCAAGGCGUGGCACCUGGUUGCGACCUUUGGCUGCCUGUACCCCUUCGCCGUAGCCCUCUACUUCCCCUGCCCGCUCAUCCUCUUCGAGUGGUUCCACGCCAAGCGCGGCCUCGCCUCGGGGAUAAUGUACGCGGGCACCGGCGCGGGCGGGACAAUCUUCCCGUUCAUCGUGACGGCGCUGCUCAGAAGGAUAGGUUACCGCGCGACGAUGAUCACGCUCGGCGUGCUCUUCGCGGCCGUGUGCGCGCCCGCGCUCCUCUUCGUGCGCCGCCGCGUGCCCGUCGCGCGGCCGCCCAAGUCGAGCCCGCGCCGCAUGCGCGUCAAUACCGUCGACUGGGGGUUCCUGCGCACGCCGGCCCCGUGGAUCGGGUUCGUGUUCGUCACGCUGUCUAACCUCGGCAACAUUAUUCCACUGGUCUGGAUGCCGACGUUCGCGACGACAGUGCACGCCAACGGCACGUUGCUGGUGUCGCUCAUGAAUGCCGUGACGAUCCCCGGCUUCCCGCUCAACGGAUACCUCUCCGACCACCUGCCUGCGCGCCUCGCCAUCCUGACCUCGUGUGUCGUCGCGGCGCUGAGCAGCGCCCUUCUCUGGGGCUUUGGCACGCAGCCGGCGGCGCUGUUCGCGUUCACGCUCGUGUGGGGCGCGAGCGCGGGGUGCAUGACGGCGUUCUGGUCGCGUCUGAUCACGACGAUAUCUGACGGCGACCCCCAACUCCCCAUGCUCGUCAUGGCCAUCUUCUCGUGCCUCAAGGGCGUGGGCAGCCUCACCUCCGGCCCCGUGUCCUCUGCGCUGCUCAAGCUCGAGCCCUGGUCUGGCGCCGCGGGCGCAUACGGCGCGACCAACUAUGGCGGCCUGUUCCUCUACACCUCGGGCAGCACGCUGCUCGGCGGCCUCGCUGCGAGCGUGUUCCCCAGCUAG